AACCCUAACCCCCAUCUGUCAUUGGCAUAUUUUGUUUUAAUUCAAUUUUCCUCGUUGAUUUUCUUUUUAUUUUCACAUUCUUUUCUAUAAUCUUUCUCUCUUUUGAUAUACCAGAAAAAGGAAAAUAUUCCCAAGAAAAUAAAAUUUUCUCCUACUGACAGUUCAUCUCUUAUCACCGUCGUGGAAAGUAAUCCAGAAAGAAAGUUUCUACAUAUCUCCUGGUUGUCGUUGUGUGUGUCGUGUAUUCCACAAGAAAAAAAAAAAAAAAGUGAAGUAUAAAAAUUUUUGAUUUACCCAAACGAAAAGCGUCCUGUUGAUCAUCCACCCACCCCCUUCGUCAAAAGUGUGUGUAUCAUUAUUCACCUAAUGCAGAAGAAAAUGUUGUAAAAGUUCAUAUCCUAGAUUUUUGGUCCCCAUCAAAUCGAAAACAACCAAAAAAGAAACCCAAUAAGAAAAAAAUAAAUCAAUUUUUUUUUGAAUAAUGAAUCAUCACAAAAUCAUUGUCAUGAGUAAAUUACUCCAAAGAACUUGCUUAUCUUCUUUAAAUUACACCGCUGCCGCCGAGAUUCAUUCAAAUAAUGUUACAACAACAACGUCGUUUAGUAGGCAACAGCGGUUGUCUUUGUCGUCAUCUCAAAUACAAUCGAUUCCGUUAAGGAAUUCGGAUUCUAUGACGACAGCAUUUGCUUGCAAGAGAUUCUAUUCGAAAUUCUCAUCCCAACAACAUCCAACAACUUCGUUGGGAGCUGUUCCUCCGCUGUGCGAGGAGAAGGCCUACGAAUUGGUGUUGGCUUUGAAAGAUGCCGAGAGGUCAUCGUUGAAGAUGGCUUUGGACAAGUAUGAUGCUUUGAAACUCAAAGAAGGGUUUGAGGGUAAACUUGCAGCAACACAAUGGCGAACGAAAUUUGGACGAUUAUCCAGAGUGCCAACACCAUUAUCAAAUGUCGAUCCCACGGGUUCAUUUUGUACAUUUCCGGAGGAUUGGUUAAAAAGAAAAGCUGCGGAAAAAGCGCAACCUCCAUCUUCUUCGGAUUUAUACAAAAUCUUCUUCGUAAAUGCCGUCCCCUUUGUUGUAUUUGGAUUUUUGGAUAAUUUCUGCAUGAUUAUGGCGGGUGAUUACAUCGAACAAGUUUGUGGCGCUUUCAUGUGCAUAUCAACAAUGGCUGCUGCUGGUCUUGGCAAUACAAUCAGUGACAUCCUUGGCAUCGGCACUGCUUUCUACGUUGAACGAUUUUGUGCAUUCUUAGGUCUACGACCGCCCGAUCUUGUACCAAUUCAAAUGGAAAUGAAAGAGAGUCGAAGAGCUGCUAAUUCAGGAAGAAUAAUUGGCAUAACAAUUGGUUGUUUACUUGGCAUGUUCCCACUCUUAUUCUUAAAUAAUGAAAAGAGUGAAGAAACAGAUCAAUCAGCAAAUCCUGUUGCAACUGUAAUUUAACUAGGCAUUAAAUGGCCUUAAGUAACUUAAAUAAUUUUUGAUAUUUAUUUUAUAUUAUCAAUUCGUGCUAUUUUUUUUUUUUUUUAUGUUGAUUUUUUUUUUAAAUUUUCUUCGAACGAAAUAAUUAUUUUAGAAAUAUUAUUAAUUGUGAAAAAAAAAACAAUUUGUGUUCAUCAUCAGUAAGAAAAGAAAACUCAAAAAUAUAUUAUUUAUAAAUGAUUAUAACGAAUGCAAAAAAAAUAUAUAUAA